UCUUCGGUUUCACUUGUCUUCGAGAUCGGCAUCUACCUGUCGCUGGUAGAAGAGGAAAAACAGUGAAGCCCGCGGUUCCAAGCUGACCGAACGGAUCCAUAAGCGAAAUCGUGCUCGUGGCGUACACAAUGCGACACCGGAAACGGACAAGCUCGCUCUCGUUGCGAUAGAAACGCGAACGAAUAAGAGUUGAAGCUUCGAACAGUGUUAAAUGAAGUUUCUACAUUAAAAAUUUAUUUAAAAAAAUAGAAAAAAUAAAAUUUUUAUACAAAACUUAGAAUUCCAUACAGAAUUUGAAAGACAAAUUUUCGAGUAUCUCGAUAAAAUAUUUUAAAAAAAGGCAGAAGUGCGACGGAAAUCGCCGAGACAUGAAAAUGCCAGCAGAGUCCUCGAUUUAUUGGGAUUCGGUUGGUUCCCAGCGCUCCACAUCCGGCGGCAGUACCGGAAGCGCCAGCAGGCACUAUGUGGACCCGUGGGACCUGGAGAACUACGCGUACCUGCGUCGCCACAGCGUUGCUGGCCUGACGCAACAGGCGUCGCGACACCAUCGGCAUCAGGCACAUCGUAUGUCACAAGAGUCUCGCGCCCAUUCUGAAUAUUGGUACUCGUCGUCUACAAGAGAACCGGGGUACGUAGCACCAGCUUUCGUGGAAGAAUUGUACUGUGGACCAGUCAGGCCAACGAACAAUAGUUGUUAUUAUCACCAGCCGAUCUACGAGGACGAGGUACCGGAUUACGUCGCCCCGUUUCCGGUCUACGCGCCUCUCUCCGAAGUGAGACAUGGUAAAUAUGUGGAAGACCACAGGCGGCACAGGCACAGAUGCAAAUCUACACCAAUAAAAGAUCCUCAUAGGUCUGUGUAUGGGAAUCAUAUGCCACCAAUGGAUACAGUGGAAUUAGAUAUUCAAGAGCAUCAUCCCCGAACAGAAUAUCGUUCAUUGGAACAAGAAGAAUGUAUGAUGCACAUUGUACCGCCCCCGCAUCUCGAUUUGAACACAUAUGGACAUUUAAAGAUUGAUUAUACAAACAGCUGGAACUCAUUGAAUCGUAAAAUUAGUAAAUAAUUUCGACAGAAAGGAAAGAAAUUAUAAUUGUAAAUUAAACUCAAGGAUCUUAAACAUUUAAUAAUAUUAUCUAUUUAAGAAUUUCUGAAUCGAACCAAAAAUUGUUGCUAGUGUAAGAUAAGAAACAAGUAUAAUUAGUUUUAUGUCAACG